AAAAAAAACCGAAAAUCCGACCUUGAUCAUCCUUAUUUUCCUCAAUUCUUCUUCAACCUCCUCUCUUUCUCUCUCCUUCUCAUACUGUUCAAUCAUGGCGGUAAUAAGCCGCCUUCUGAGAUCAUCAUCAUCAUUAUCAAAUUCACCUCUAAUUCCAUCCACCAUUAACAUAAUCUCCCGUAAAAUUGCGUCUCUAACUUCCGAAACUACCCUCCAAUCUCCUCCCUCUUGGAAUGACACAUCCAAUAAUAAACCGCUAACAUUGCGAACUGAGCCCAAGGGAAGAAAUGUCCACUGGGUUUUUCUGGGUUGUCCUGGUGUUGGUAAAGGCACUUACGCUACUCGUCUUUCGAAGCUUCUCGGUGUUCCUCAUAUUGCUACUGGUGAUUUAGUCCGCGAUGAGCUCGCUUCCUCUGGCUCUCUCUCUCUUCAGAUUGCAGAUAUAGUUAAUCAGGGGAAGCUGGUUUCAGAUGAGAUCAUAGUGGAUCUGUUAUCCAAGCGUCUUGAAGCUGGAGAAGCGAAUGGUGAAUCUGGUUUUAUUCUUGACGGUUUUCCUCGGACAGUAAGACAGGCGGAAAUUUUGGAGGGAGCAAUUGAUAUUGACUUGGUGGUUAAUCUUAAGCUCCGGGAGGAGGCCUUACUUGCAAAAUGCCUGGGCAGAAGGAUCUGUAGUGAGUGUGGUGGAAACUACAAUGUUGCAUGCAUUAAUAUCAAGGGUGACAAGGAAAGCCCUGGGAUGUACAUGGCUCCCCUUCUUCCGCCCCCUGAAUGUGCAUCAAAGCUUAUCAGUCGCUCUGAUGAUAAAGAGGAAGUCGUGAAGGAGAGACUCCGAAUAUAUUAUGAAAUGACUCAACCCGUUGAGGAAUUUUAUCGCAAGCAGGGGAAACUUUUGCAAUUUGAUCUUCCUGGUGGAAUUCCAGAAUCCUGGCCAAAGUUGCUGCAUGCUCUGAAUCUUGAUGACCAUGAAGACGACGGUCAAUCAGCUGCAGCUUGAAUCACCAAACAAUUUUCUGUACCAUAUGUUAUCUAGGUUAGUGAUCAUUUUUUCAAACAGUGUAUAGUUAAUUCAAAUUGAUAAUUUGGAGCAGAUAUUACAUGAAAUAAAAAUCCUGGAACUAGUUAGUUGGAUAUAGCAGGCUGAUUUUUCCUGGUUUACAAAAAGAUAAGGACCAGCGUCAUAUAGCUCUAACUACGGCAUUUGUCAAAGUCAUAUAAUAAGCUUUGCCUGCCCGCCGAGCCAGGCUGUGCUUUUGCCGGGUCAUUCUGUGCAGCCCAUCAGGCUAGCCGGCCCGACGCCACCUAUAAGCUGACAUAUGUAUGUAUGUAUGUAUGUAGUUAUGAAUAUAUGAGUAUUGUAUCUGUAAGAUGAAUUUGACUAGAUUACUUGCUCUGUCUUGCUGCUCUAUUGGGAUUGGGAAAACGUGCAGUAGGUUUAUAGUUGGUUUUAAGCUCUUUC